UGAGACAGCGCCUGCCGGGCCGCGCCGCCGCCGCUCCUGCUGCUCCUGCGGCCGCGGCGGAGCUGCGAGGGAAAGGCGGAGAGCCGCGGCCGUCCCCCUGGCCCGCCACCGCAGCUGUGGCCGCGCCACGGCUCUGCCCGCGGGCGAGCGGCUCUUCGGACAGGGGCGGGCGGGCGACGGCGACUCGGCCGUGCCUGCGCUGCGGGCUGUGACGAACGGCGCCGGGUAAAUGGAUCGCCAUUCCAGCUACAUCUUCAUCUGGCUGCAACUGGAGCUGUGCGCCAUGGCCGUCCUGCUCACCAGAGGUGAAAUCAGAUGCUACUGUGAUGCUGCACACUGUGUUGCAACUGGCUAUAUGUGCAAAUCUGAGCUUAGUGCCUGCUUCUCCAGACUGCUUGAUCCUCAGAAUACACAUUCCCCACUUACUCAUGGCUGCUUGGACUCUAUUGCAAGCACAGCUGAUAUCUGCCAAGCCAAACAAGCACAAAACCACUCUGGCACCACCACCAUGUCCACAUUGGAAUGCUGUCAUGAAGAUAUGUGCAAUUACAGAGGAUUACAUGAUCUUUUGUCUCCUUCCAGGGGUGAUGCUUCAGGACAAGGGAGCAGAUAUCAACAUGACAGCAGCAGGAAUCUCAUCACCAAGGUGCAAGAAUUGACUUCUUCGAAAGAGUUAUGGUUCAGGGCAGCUGUAAUUGCUGUUCCAAUAGCUGGUGGGCUAAUCUUGGUGCUCCUUAUCAUGCUGGCCUUGAGGAUGCUCAGGAGUGAAAACAAGAGACUGCAAGAUCAGCGACAGCAAAUGCUCUCUCGUUUGCACUACAGUUUUCAUGGACAUCAUUCGAAAAAAGGGCAGGUGGCAAAAUUGGACUUGGAAUGCAUGGUGCCUGUGACUGGUCACGAGAACUGCUGCAUGACCUGUGAUAAAAUGAGACAUUCAGACCUCAGCAAUGAUAAAAUUCUUUCACUAGUCCACUGGGGAAUGUACAGCGGACAUGGGAAGCUGGAAUUUGUAUGACCAAUUAUUUUCUAAUCUGAGCUAAACUUACUCUCUGAACUCUUGAAGGCCUUUGGGUUCUGCUGGACAGGAGCACUUUAUCUUAAAAAAAAAAAACUCUGAUAAAUCAUCUUUGAGAAACAAAGGACCUCUGCAAACAGAAUCUUGGAUAUUUCUUCUGAAGGAUUCCAAAAGUUGUCUUAUUUGCACAGAGUAAAAUACACUCAAAUGUAUUGUUUGCUUCAGAGUUGUGAAAGCAAAAGUUAGAAGUUGUAAACACUGUCACCAGGGUUAUCUGAACUGUAGGGAGCUGAGAACUGAGUUAUUAUAAUAAACUGUAUGCAAGCUCCUAUGUUUCCUGACUUAUUGUAAAGAUUUUUUAAAAUAUAUAUAUUUUCUCUGAA